UUGGCCUGUUCGAGAAUGGUACUAGAGUAUUUACAUCCAGUAAGUGAGGAGGAAUUUCAGAGAGCAUGCUUGGACUUGGAGUUUACGGAGAGCGUGUGGACUAUUGACCUGACUUAUCUCAUGUGUAAGCUGGGGGUCAGACACUGCUUCUACACACAGACGCUCGGUGUGGACAAGGGCUUCAGGAACCAGUCUUUCUACAAAAAGCAUUUUGACACGGAAGAGGACAGGGUGAAUGAACUAUUUCUGAAGGCUGAAAGCAAAGGAGUCCUGGUGAAAAAAUGCUCUGUUACGGUUCAGGAGAUCCAGAGCCACCUGGAACAGGGUCAUGUGGCCAUCGUGCUGGUCAACGCAGUGGUGUUGGUGUGUGAGCUGUGCUCCACCCCUGUCAAAUACUGCUGUUUCCUCCCUGUGGGUCAGAAGUGCUUUUGCAGGAAGCCAGAUUACCAGGGCCACUUUGUGGUGGUGUGUGGAUUUAACCGUAAAACUGGCAGCAUCUUCUACAACAACCCCGCCUACUCGGACCGUAUGUAUUGUGAAGUUUUGGAAUUAUUCUUAAAGACAGCACAAGCACACUGUUAA